AUGAGCUUAAGACUAGAUGCAGAUGUUCAGAAGCUUGAGGCGGAGCGACUAAGAAAAGGGAAAGCUAGGGCUGAAAAAGAUCUUGAUAAAAAGAACAAGGCUGAUGAAUGGGAAAGGAGGUUCCAAGAAAUUCAAGCACAGAACGAGACUCUAAAGAGGAGUUUGUCGGAGAAUCAGAAAGAAAAAGGGGAGCUAGAGAACAGAGUGACUGAAUUAGAAGGAUCUCUCAAUCGGCACCGAAAUCGGAAUUCUGUGAUAGAAUUGAGGGCAAGCCUUAGUAGAAUUGAAGAAAUGAAAGAAAGAAUUGAAGAGUUAGAAGCAGCAUUGCGAAAUUGCGAGAUUCGGAUCGAGUAUUUGGAAGCUAAUGAAGAUCGUCAAACUGAGCAGUUGCACUACUUUCAAAACCAAGUCAGAGAUAGAGAUCACAUUAUGGGAGAAGCUGUGGCUCAAAUUCGAGAGGUUGCGGAUCACCUGCAGACGUUGGUAGUGCAAGCUGAUACGCUAAGUGUGAAGUAUGAGCUGAAAUCAAGCCGAGGAAAAGAGCUAGCUUCAUUACUUAAGAAGAUUAGAAUUUUGAGCAUUAGGGUAAAACCGUAUAUGUAA